AUGACAGGAUCUGAAACGUUCCAGUCAAAACUGGAAAACCGAUUCGCUGCCGUGGAAACCACAAUCGACGUAAACCAGAACCUCAAAAAUGUGGUUCAGAUCCUCAGGGAAGAAGGUAUGAGAUUUUGUGAAAUGCAGCGUAAGGGCAGGAAGUCGAAGCUUUCAGAAAGGACCCUAGGGCUGAUGAAGAAACGACGUGAAAACCCACCUGUCACUUUGUCGGCAAAGCGGACUCUAAACCGAGAGAUCAGUAAACUCGUACGACACGACCUCCGGUGCUCCAAUACUCUUUCAAUUGAAAGAGCGAUCGAGCAAAAUCGGGGGUCAAAAGUGUUCGUACAAUCUCUUGGAAGAAGCCACCUGACAAAGUUGACUACAGAAAGUGGAGAAGUCGUUGCUUCGAAGCCGGCAGUCCUUUUGGAAGUGGAAAGCUUCUAUGGCCGGUUAUACGCUUCGCAUGCAUCUCGACCUGAUCCCGAAAAUGAGAACUCUAGAGCCACAUUAACACGUCACUACACCGAAGACCUGCCAGAAAUUAGCAUUGACGAAAUCGAGAUGGCUCUUGGACAGCUGAAAAAUGGAAAAGCCCCUGGAGAGGAUGGCGUUACAACAGAGCUGCUGAAGGCCGGGGGUAAACCCGUACUAAGGGAGCUCCAAAAGCUCUUCAACGCUGUCCUGUUUGAAGGGAGAACUCCAGAAGCGUGGAGUAGGAGUGUGGUCGUCUUGUUCUUCAAAAAGGGUGACAAGACCAGGUUGAAGAACUAUCGACCCAUAUCCCUUCUAAGCCACGUCUACAAGCUGUUUUCGAGAGUCAUCACGAACCGUCUUGCGCGAAGACUCGACGAAUUCCAACCACCGGAGCAAGCUGGGUUUCGGAGCGGAUAUGGCACCAUAGACCACAUCCACACAGUGCGGCAGAUUAUACAGAAGACCGAAGAAUAUAAUCAGCCCCUGUGUCUAGCAUUCGUGGACUAUGAGAAAGCCUUUGACUCGAUCGAGAUCUGGUCUGUUCUGGAGUCCCUGCAGCGUUGCCAAGUAGAUUGGCGAUACAUCAAAGUGAUGAGAUGUCUCUACGAAGCCGCCACCAUGUCCGUCCAAGUACAGAAUCAGCAAACAAGGCCCGUACCAUUGCAUCGAGGAGUGAGACAAGGGGACGUUAUUUCCCCGAAAUUGUUCACAAAUGCAAUGGAGGACAUGUUCAAGACGCUGCACUGGAAAGGGCGUGGCAUCAAUAUCAAUGGCGAAUACAUCUCUCACUUGCGAUUUGCAGAUGACAUCGUCAUCAUGGCAGAGACGUUGCAGGACCUACAGCAAAUGCUGAAUGACUUAGCUGACACUUCUGUACGCAUCGGCCUACGGAUGAACUUGGAUAAAACCAAGGUCAUGUUCAACGAACAUGUACUACCGGAACCGAUUGCGGUACACGGUGCCGUUCUCGAAGUUGUUCAAAAUUAUGUGUACCUCGGGCAGACAUUGCAGUUAGGUAGAAACAACUUCGAGGACGAGGUGAACAGAAGAAUUCGGUUGGGUUGGGCAGCGUUUGGGAAGCUACGUCGAGUCUUCUCAUCGUCGAUCCCACAGUGCCUUAAGACGAAAGUCUUUAAUGAGUGCGUCCUACCCGUCAUGACAUACGGAGCUGAAACGUGGACACUUACGGUACGGCUGGUCCACAAGUUCAAAGUCGCUCAACGUGCUAUGGAAAGGGCUAUGCUCGGCGUUUCUCUAAGGGAUCGCAUCAGAAAUGAGGUGAUCCGGCAGAGAACUAAGGUCACCGACAUAGCGUACCGGAUCAGCAAGUUGAAGUGGCAGUGGGCUGGCCAUAUUAGCCGCAGAACCGAUAACCGUUGGGGAAAACGAGUUCUUGAGUGGAGACCGCGUCUCGGCAAACGUAGUGUAGGACGCCCACAGGCCAGGUGGAGUGACGAUUUGCGCAAGAUGGCUGGCAGGAGCUGGAUGCGAGAAGCCCAAAAUCGAUCUAAGUGGCGUGCAAUGGGAGAGGCCUAUGUCCAGCAGUGGACUGCGAUAGGCUGA